UGUGUGUGCUCUGCCCUUCCAAUCAGCUCAAUGUUUCAGGGCAAAGCCGGGCCAGGCUUUUAUUCAACGGCCCUACCCCGAGUACCUCGGAUUUUUCUCAAAAUGAAGGCUGUUCCCUCGGGGCGUCUCAAAUGACCGCACUCACAGGCUCUCCAGCCAGCUUAGAGGCAUGAAAGCCUCCAGUGAGGUCAAUCCAGUGCAGAGUAGCUGUGAAACACUCCUGACAGCCAACCUUCUCAAAACUGCUUUUAUAUCAAUCAGUGAGUAUCUUUGGGUUAUCCAAGGGUACUUCUCCCGUGUGUGUCUGUGUGUGUCUGUGUGUGUCUGUUGUGCCCUGUCCACCCUUAUGUUUGGUUUGUCUUGAAGGUUGAUUGAAUGUCAGCUGUGAUGUUUAUGCCCUGGUAACGGUGAGCAAGCAAAAGCAUCAGGGUGAGAUGUUGAAACAGGAAGUGGGGCCAGCAAGUUCGAGAAAUGAGCACAAAGGUGUUUGUCAGUGCGGAAGCCAUUUUCUUUCAGAAAGACAGGUUUAGAAACUGCCUGAGAGAAAGAAAGAAAGAGAGAGAGAGAGGGAGGAGGGGCCUUCACCUUCAGGUGAGAGGUCUGCAUUCCUGAGUCCACCAGGACUUCCCCAGAAGCCAAAGGUAGAGUUCCUACCCGGAGGAAUUGAAGCAGCACAUGACCACCCAUAUAGUUGAGUACUUGCGUGCUCUUGCACAGAUCAGCAUUGGGUUGUGCAAGCUGUUCUCCAAUGCUGACCAAUGUCUUAGGCAUAAACGUUGGCUCCAGGGCACAUUUUGACCUAAGUGGUUACAUUUUUUUUUUAAACUGACUAGUCAAAAAGUGACUAGCAUGCUGCCAGCUUUGCCCAGUUAACCAGUUACCAUACAUUUUAACGACACAGACGUGACAUUUUAUUUCAGUUGGAUCGAUAAAAUCCUUCUCAAAUGUCAUUCCAGUUAUCUAUGACCUGGUGGGACUGAGCAAAAUCAAAAUUGAAUUAUCGCUCUCCAAGAGGUUUUGCGAGAGAGUCAGAGAGCAGGGAGGUCGGGGGUAGAUGUGGUUUCGUAAAGCAGCUGUGUUCAGCAGAGUCUCUGCUCAAGGGGAAGGAGGAGUUGCAUAACAUCAUGGCCGCAGACAUUCCAUUCAGUCUACUCUGAUUCACACGCCUCCGGCAGGAAGCUGCCUAGUGUGACGGCGCCCCCUUGUGGCUGUGAAUUAAACAGCGUUGUUUUUCAUAAAACGUAAGGUGACACUGGUAAGCAAUACCUGAGACAUUCAUGUCUGCAUAUUCAGUGGACCAACGUCAUUUAUAUUUUGCUUACACGUUUAAAAAAAAAAAACAGUGCCUGUUUCACCUGGGCAGAAGGUUGUGAUGGUGAAACUGUCUACAUAGACCCUAAUGUCUUAAUGCUAACACUACAAUCUUCCCUCCGCAUCAAUUUAAUUUUCCUGUUUAUGUCCCUCUCUCUCUCUCUCUCUUUCUCUCUCUCUCUCCUUCCCUCCCUCCCUCUUCUACAGCCCCGAGUCAGUUGAAGCGAGCCCUGCAGUGAAUGAGAAGAGUUACUCCAACCACAGCUGUGGUAACGUACAGAACCAUGGCUACCGCGGACUGCCCUACGCUGUGAGUACCGGCAUGCCCCCACUCCCACUCUGCGGAACUUACCAAUAGUUGCCAUGCCGUGAAUGCCUUUGGUUGUACCCUGUCCGUGUCUGCUGAGAUACUCACCAGCACUGUUGACCAGUAGCCCUGUGCCUGACCUGUGCCGUGCUCUAGCCCUGUGCACUCUGACCUCUGUGUAGCACUGAGCCGUAAUGGUGCUGCCGCUGCUCUAGCCUGUGCAACUGUGAAUGAGUGAACGAAUGACUGACUGACUGCUCAACAAAGCUGUGAAUGCCUUUGGUUUAUUUUUUCAUUCCUUGUCAUUUCCUCCCCACCUCCUCCCCCAACCCAACUCCUCUUCUUUUGUGUUUUUUUAUUUCUUUUUCCCCCCUCUUUCUUUUUCUUCUUCUCCUCUCCUCUCUCUUUGCGCUCCCUCCCAACCUCCCGCCCCACCUCCCUCCGUUCCCGCGUUCCCCUGAACACCGUUGUUUGAAGAUGCAACAGUCUUCCGUUGUGUGUUGUCAGGAUCACAACUACGGAGCCCCACCCCCUCCCACCCCUCCCGCCUCCCCACUCUCCCAGACCAUCAUCCCGCGGCUGGAGCUCAACGGCGUGGCUCGCGGCCGCUACCAGUCCCCCCACGCCCACUCCCGACCCGACCAGGAGCACUCGGCUGACAGCGAGACCUCAUCCGAGGAGGAGGAAGGCAGCGUGCCCAGUGCCUGGUGCCGCUGCAGCCUGACGCAGGACGGCUUCCUCAUCAAGUGCGAGAGCUGCAGGGGUCUUGAGAGGAGGAAAGCGUUGGAUGGACAGCGCAGGAAACCCGAGAAUGUGUCUGUUGGGGAUAGUAGUGCCACAGAGAGCGGAGACGAGGAAGUGUCACCCGCCACCGUGUCUUACACGGCAACCCAGCACACCCCCACCAGCAUCACACUGACGGUGAACCGCGUCAAGCGGAGCAAGGCCAAGAAGAGGAAGAAAAGCACUGAUAAGAGCCGCACCACGCCCAAGGCCAAGAAGAUUAAGGCGUUCAGAGAGGGUUCGAGGAAAUCCAUGAGGAUGAAGAACUCCGCGACGGAGACGAAUACGCUGGACGAGAACACGGCGGAGGGCUGGGAGACGCGGAUCCGCCAGUGGACGGACCAGUACGAGGAGGCCCUGGCCAAUCAGUACAGCGCAGACGUGCAGACGCUGCUGCAGCUGGCCAAGCCCAGCUCCCCCGCCCCCUCGCCAGACACCAUCAACCGCACCGAACUGGCCUGCAACAACACCGUGCUCAGCUCCCAGAUGCAGUUGCAGGUGGGCCGUGUGACACGUGUGCAGAAGCACCGGAAGAUUCUGCGGGCGGCACGGGACCUCGAGCCCGACACGCUCAUCAUCGAGUACCGGGGCAAGGUCAUGCUCAAGCAGCAGUUUGAGGUCAACGGCCACUUCUUCAAAAAGCCCUACCCGUUUGUUCUCUUCUAUUCCAAGUUCAACGAGGUGGAGAUGUGCGUGGACGCCCGCACCUUUGGGAACGACGCCCGCUUCAUCAGGAGGUCGUGCACGCCCAACGCUGAGGUGCGGCACAUGAUCUCAGAGGGGAUGAUCCAUCUCUGCAUCUACGCCACCACCCAGAUCACCAAGGACUCCGAGGUCUCCAUCGGCUUUGACUAUGAGUUCAACAGCUGUAAUUACAAGGUGGACUGUGCAUGCCAGAAGGGCAACCAGAACUGCCCGGUGCAGAAGCACAACCUGAGCCCCAUGGAAAACCUGCUGCCCCCGCCGGCCUCUGGCCCCACCGCGGCCUCCCUCCCCGGGGCCGAGACCCGUCGGAGACGAGCCCGCCGGAGAGAGAUGGAGGGGGGAGGGGCCCCUACAGGUGGGUCCGACGACAGCAACCAACAGCCCAAUGGAGACGCGCAGGACCGGGAGCAUGGAGCGAGCGAUACAGAGGAUGGCCUGCUGGACGGAGUGAAGCAGGAGGAAGGAGAGGAGGGUGAGCUGGAUGACAACGGAGUCCUGAUAUCAAGCAGACGGUCCCGGGAGGACCGUGCCAUGUUUGAGACCAGGAGGAGGCGUGUGGGCCAGGCUCAGGGGGGCGCAGACGACCCCAAGCAGGAGCCCGGCGCUCCAGAGGAGGGGGAGGUGACGGGCCUGUCCCCCACGGGCCCGAACCCCGUGCCCGGCGCGGGACAAGCAGGAGGAGUCAGCACACGGCGCACCUCCUAUGCAACGGAGGCCCCAGCCGACACAGACGGCAAGCCGGUGCUGGCGCCAGCCACUCCCAAGCCCCCGCCGGCCCGCUCCUCCAAGCCGCGCCCCAAGAGCCGCAUAUCCCGCUACCGCUCCGGCUCAGCCCAACGGGCCCGGCGCCAGCGGCAGGCCAUGGCCCAGCAGGCCGCAGAGGCGGCAGCAGCCGGUGCCGGGGAGGACGGGGCAGCCGGAGCCUCUCAGGGGGAGCUGGGGCAGGGGGAGGGGCCGCUCGGCCCAGGACAGGCCCAGGACGGUGACGGUUAUGGGGGAGCAGGCUCCGGAGCCCUGGGCAACAGGGCCCACCUGCGCUACCCCAAAACUAAGAAGUACCUGGUGACGGAGUGGUUCAAUGACAAGAUCCCGGAGCGGGUGGAGCCUGAACCGGAGCGCCCCCUGCGCAUCACCACGGACCCCACGGUGCUGGCCACCACACUCAACAUGCUGCCGGGCCUCAGCCACUCCUCGCUCAUCUGCACCGCGCCCAAGCACUACGUGCGCUUCGGCUCGCCCUUCACCCCCGAGAGGCGCCGCCGACCCCUCGCCGUGGAUGCCUCCUACGGCUCCUGCAAAAAGAGGUGGAUAAAGCAGGCUCUGGACGAGAGCAAGUCCUCCGUGUCCCUGGAGGACGACGACGAAGACGCCGCAUGCAGCUCUUCAAACCAAACGAUGAGUGCACCCAUCAAGAAGCGAAUAUCCAAGUACGCGCCAGAGCUGUUGAGCUCGCCCCUCAGCAGUGUGGCCAGCGGUGAUCUCCUGCUGCGGCCGCUGUCCCCCAUCACCCCGCCGCCCCCCUCUGACCUGGGCCGGUCGCUGCGGCCCCCCCUCAGCACCUCCUGCGCCCUCUACCUGGGGGCCGAGGAAGAGCGCCAGAAUGGCGCCGGACUGCCCUGCUCACCCCUCACCUCGCUGCCCACCAGCCGCUGCAACACGCCUCUGCAGUUUGAGAACAUCUCGUCCCCGGAGGCUUCCCCUGUACACCGGCCAGAAUCUCUGUCUCCAGAGCCUUGCCUGCGGCCGGACUUCGACGCCAUUCGCAACGCUAACUUUCCGGACCUUUCCAUGACGUCCAGCUUGGACAGUCCAAUCCCGGGCCCCGAGGACUUCCCUGCAGUCUCCCCCUCGCCCCUCAGCCUCUCCGGCGGAGGGACCCCCCACACCCCUGCGUCUGUUUCCGCCACGGGAGACUCCGCCAUGGGCACGACUCGACCUGGCGAGUCACAGACUCGAGAGCAAGCCUUCAGGACAGAGUUCAAUCUCAUCUACGCAUGCUCUCCCCUCAACGCCAACCUAGGGGAGGGCCUUAAUGCCCGUGGCCCCCCGACUGACAGGCGGCACUCCCAAUCGGAGGGCAGCUUCUCACCUGCAGAUUCCUAUUUCGGCACCAUGAGUGGCCAGGGGCUGCUCUCGGAGCCAGGGCCUGGAUCGCUCUCACCCUAUCCAGAGCCACAUUACGGGGGCGGGUACCCAGACAGUGGCACGCCCCCUCACCCUAGCAACCCUCCCCAAAAGAAGAAGAGGGCGAACGUGACCAUCGUUAGUCAGCUGACAGGCAGUCAGCCUGGUUACCAGGCUCUAGCCGUAAGAGGCGAAUACAAGCCCAUACAGAACAUGGUGUCACUGCUGGAGUAUCGCAAGCGGAAACAGGGCACCCGGGAACCCGAGUGUGGAGGCUCCAUGGGGACCCCCAUGCGCCCCGGCUCGCUGUGCCUCAGCUCUGAGUCCCCCGGUGGGCCGCGGACGCUGCUGCAGCCCCCCGCCUCCCCACACAGCUCCUUCUCCUCGCCGGCGCAUCAGGCCUUCCCCCAGAUAGAGGAAGUCAGCCCCCCGGACCUCAGCUCCAGCUCAGGCUCCCGGACGCAGGAAAGCACCUCCUGGAUCGUGCCCACCGCGGUGGAGCGUCAGCGGGAGGGCCAGGGCGUGCUGGAGAGGGUGCUGCGCGGCAACCUCAAAUUAGAGCACGCCCUCAAGAGGUCAGAGCACGGAGACAAAGACGCAGACUCUGCUGAGAUGGACAGGUAUGACCUCCCCACUGUGUCACCCAUGAGGAGCCCACACAGUUACAGCCCGUCUGUUUACCAGCACCAGCCUCACCUUUCGGAGCUUCACCCGGCGUCGGACAGCUCUGCGUCUCCGUUUCGCUCCUCGUACAGCCCCUCCCCGUCGUCAUACCCGCGCCCUCUCCCCCAGGACCACCACGCCGCCCAGCUGACCCAGAGCACCCCUCCCUCCUCCUCAUCCUCCAUCUCUUCAAUGGACUCGUCCAUGAGCGGGACCUCCAGACCUCCAGGUGGCGCCGUCCACCAGCAGAGCAGCAGUGGUAGUGCAGUCCAGGAUCCCUCGCAGCCCUACUCCAGCAGCAGCCACCUGAAGGCCAGCCUGUUAAGCAGCGGCCUGUCAUCAGCCUCGCCCAGCCCUCCAGUCUCCAGGAGCCAGUCCUACCCCAAAACGGACAUCAGCAGCAGCAGCAGCGGUGGUGGUAGUGGCUUGCUUACUGGGAGCUCAGUCUCCCACGCCUCCAGACUAGCCCAGCAGGGUUCGGGCCGUGGCCUUCAGGCAAGCUCCAGGCUCCUGUCGGCCUCCAGCUCCCAGCACUACCCUCCGCGAGGAGCGCCGCUCAGCCAGUUCCAGCACCCUCCCCUCCAGGGCUCGGGGGUACGGACACAGACAGGGAGCUACUAGGACCGUGCGUGCGUGCGUGCGUGCGUGCGUGCGUGCGUGCGUGCGUGUGUGUGUGCGUAUGCGUGUGUGAGUGUGGCUCUCCUUAACACACCUGUGUAGAGACUGGGUUGAGGGAGUGGCCAGUGUUAAACGAGACUUGAGGAUCCAUCCUUUUUUCCUAAGUUUAUCCCACCUUUUUUUGUUUUCCUCUUUUCACCAAAAAAUAAACGAAAUCAUCACAAGCAUACGUCGAGGCUAAUGUUGACAAAGACAUCAUCAAAGAAGAAGCAAAAGAAAAAUCAUGGGGAUAAAAAAAAAAAAGCUUGAGGAAAAAAAUGAGAACUCUUAACAAUCGUGUAUCAUUUUAAAUGUACCCGUUCGUUUGAAAAGAUAUAAGGUAAAAUCCGUUUGUAUGAACACCUGUGGUAAUCUGAAACUUGCGCCAGUUCCCUUUCGAUUCUGUUUAAUCACAGGUGCCGAAACUCGCUAGAGGAGUCUCUUUGUGGUUUUUCUUUUUCUUUGUUGUUUAAUUUUUUUUUAUGCUGCUGCAGUUCCUGUACCACCCCAUCCUACCCAGUCAAUUACUGAAACACAUAGCCAAGUGUCUAUCUUGUCUGAAUUCUCCGUUUGGAAAAAAAUAUAUAUCUUUUUGGACAUGAAAAAGAACAUUGCCGUGGUAAGACCAGCGCAAGAGACCGUGCUCUCUCGGAUCAUUCCAGUGCAGUUCUCCAGCUGUCUGUGUGCGUGCCCUCACACCUGCUCCACCCAUCCCCACCCAUCCCCUUCUCCAUUUUUCCAGAGUGACACUGGAGUCCAGAUCUUUACUUGAUUUCUUAUUUUCCCCUUCAGAGAACUAAUCUGUUUUACUUGUAGCAACUCUAGAAUUGCUUUGGUAUACUUGACAAACACACACACACACAGAUCGAAUUAAUCCAUGGUGCUGCAGUUAUCUCUGGGUUUCGAGUUUGUUUGUUUUCCUACUUGUCAUGUUAUUUUGUCUUCAAGUUUUGUGAGACUUUAGCUGAUGCUCUGAUUUGGACUGGAGCAAAAAAAGGUUCAUUUUGGAAUCUCGAGCGGUUUGUUUGUUUGUCUUGGUGUGCUGGAAUGCUGUGACAAAGGAACUGUAGUGCACUGCUUUUCUGAGGUUUGGUUCCCCCCACCACCCCCACAUCACUGUUCCUGUUUUGUUUUGAAAACAAGGAUGGCUCUCCUCCGACCUCUGCACCUCCCUGACCAAUCUGUGCAUUCCAUACGUCUGACACAAACAUGACAUUAGAAAGAAAAAAAGAACAGACAAUUUGAACUAAAUGUUAAAAAAGGAAGCUGCUGUGCUCUCAAUUGUACAUUUUCAUUCUUUUUUUUUUGUUGUUUGUUUAGUUUUCUUUAAGAAAAAAAAACGCAAGUGCUGCUUGUAGGUGUUUCCGUUUGUACAGAAUGCUGUACCUGCCUCUUGAAAUGGCGAGAGACGGGUUUGUUGGGGACGUUUGUUCGCCCUCUCUCUCUCUCUCUCUCUCUCUCUCUGUAGUGAACAGCAAGGUCUUGUGCCAUGGCCACUGCAGUGGGGACUGAAAAACAAUGACAACGCGCCAUCACCGAAGACUGAACGGACAUCCCUGGUUCUCCCCCACCAGGAAUAUGGACCUGAUGUAACUGACACACAGGCUGGAGGACCGCUGUGGUGUCUCUGAGAUGGGACAGGAAUAUUCAGAAAGAAUACAUUUUUUGUUUCUUUGUUCUAAUUUUUUUGUUUCUUGGAUACGUUUGAGGAUCCCCCAUCAAGCUUUCGGGAGGGGGGUGGGUUAGUAAGUGCACAGGACUGGAUCUUCACUCUCUGCCCCCCACCUCCCCUCCUCCUGACCCGGUGACCUAAAGACUCAAGGGUACUCACUGGUUAACAUGAAUGUUUCUCUUUCACAAAACACUUUUGAGUAAAAAACGAAACGCAUAUUGAAAUGGACAUGAUGCAAAAAUGUUGACUUUUGUGACAUGGGGGGGGGGGGGGGGGGGGGGAGAGAAAAAAAAUACAGACCAGCACCUUAACGACAAAACAAAGCAACAUCCCAGAACGUAUGAUCAUGUGUACUUGUAUAAACGUGUUAUAUACUGUUCCAAGAAAAUAUAGUACACUAAAUUUGACGCAUGAUUAGUUUUCUGUUCCCCUUCUUGUUCUGGGGUGAGGGGGGUGGGGGGUUGGACAGACACUGGGUGUGGCAGCAAAGGACGGGUUUAAAACUCUGCCUGGUUUAUACUUCUCCCUUCCCUUCGUCCCUCUUGAAACUGGACAGAUUAUUUCCUUUUUUUUUCAAAGGAGAUUGAUUUUUUUUUUUUUUUUUUUUUUUAACUCAAACAUAGUAAUAAUUAUUUGGUAUCUACCCCCAUACCAACCAGACAACAGUACUGAACAGGUGAGAUGUAUCAAUGCAUUUUGAUAAUAAAAUACUCAUGAUGACAACAUUUUAGUUUUAAAA